UUCUGGCGCUAUGAGGUUCCGCUUCUGUGGUGAUCUGGACUGUCCUGACUGGGUCCUGGCAGAGAUCAGCACGCUGGCUAAGAUUUCCUCUGUGAAGCUACGGUUGCUGUGUAGCCAGGUGCUGAAGGAGCUUCUGGGACAGGGGAUUGAUUAUGAGAAGAUCCUGAAGCUCACAGCUGAUGCCAAGUUUGAGUCAGGCGAUGUGAAGGCCACGGUGGCGGUGCUGAGUUUCAUCCUCUCCAGUGCGGCCAAGCAUAGCGUGGAUGGCGAGUCCUUGUCCAGUGAACUGCAGCAGCUGGGGCUACCCAAAGAGCAUGCGGCCAGCCUGUGCCGUUGCUAUGAGGAGAAGCAAAGCCCCCUGCAGGAGCACCUGCGGGCUUGCAGCCUGCGCGUGAACAGACUGGAGGGUGUGGGCUGGCGGGUGGACUACACACUAAGCUCCAGUCUGUUGCGGUCUGUGGAGGAGCCCAUGGUGCACCUGCAGCUGGAGGUGGCAUCUGCUCCCGGUGCCAAGGCCCAGCCUAUCGCCAUGUCCCUCUCAGCAGAAAAGUUCCAGGUCCUACUGGCAGAACUGAAGCAGGCCCAGACCCUGAUGAGUUCCCUGGGCUGAGGAGAAUGGUGUUUGGGUCCUGUGCAGAGCUGCCCUACCCGUGUCAAGU